AUGGCCGAAGAAAAGUCAAUCGGCAUGUCUUCGGGCAUAGACCCAGCCCUCGACAUUGAACGGAGCAAAGCCAUCGACCCAACAAUGGAGAAACACUCCCACAACGCAGACGAGGCGAUGAAAGCCUUCGACGAGAUGCAAGGCGAAGCCAUCGAACUGGACGAAGCGACAAACAAGCGUCUCUUGAAGAUUAUCGAUUGGCACAUGAUGCCUAUCAUGUGUUGCAUUUACGGCAUGAAUUAUUUGGAUAAGACGACGCUUUCGUAUGCUAGCGUUAUGGGUAUUAAGGAGGAUCUGGAUCUCCAUGGGGAUCAGUAUCAGUGGCUUGGGAGCUUGUUUUAUUUUGGAUACCUUGCGUGGGAAUAUCCAACUAACCGCCUUCUUCAACGUCUCCCUCUGGGAAAAUAUUCUGCGGCGUGUAUCCUGAUCUGGGGACUGAUUCUUUGCUGUUUCGCCGGCGUGAAGAGUUUCUCCGGUGCUGUGGCUAUUCGAUUCAUGCUCGGUGUUUUUGAGGCGGCUGUGACGCCUGGUUUUGCUCUUUUGACUUCUCAGUGGUACACCAAGUCAGAACAAGGAAGCCGAGUCAACAUCUGGUUCUCCUUUAACGGCGUCGGUCAAAUCCUCGGCGGAGUAGUAGCCUACGGCAUCGCCGUCGGAGCCGAAAAGCACGGCUCAGCAAUCGACCCCUGGAAAAUUGUCUUCCUAGUAACUGGCCUGCUGACCAUUGUGCUGGGCUUCGUCUUCCUGUGGAUCAUCCCCGAUAACCAGCUCAAUGCGCGCUGGUUGAAGAAGGAGGAUCGCAUUCUGGCAGUUGCCCGGGUCAGGGUUAAUCAACAGGGUAUUGGCAACAAGCAUUUCAAGAUGUAUCAGGUCAAGGAGGCUUUGCUGGACCCUAUGACUUGGGCUUUCUUCUUCUAUGCUCUGAUUGCUGAUAUCCCGAAUGGUGGUAUUACCAAUUUCUUUAGUCAGUUGAUCAAAAGCUUCGGCUACGACGAGAAACAGAGUCUGAUUUUGGGUGUUCCCGGCGGCGCUGUGGAGGUUGUUGCUUUGCUUCUCAACGGCUGGGUCGGCCAUGUCACUGGCCAACGUAUCCUUGCCAGUUUGGGCGGUCUUGUCGCCUCGAUCGUGGGCAUGCUGCUGAUUGUUGCGCUGCCCCUGUCUAAUGAUGUCGGUCGCUUGAUCGGAUACUAUCUCACCCAGGCUAGCCCGACGCCAUUUGUCGCACUGUUAUCUCUCAUUUCUUCGAAUGUGGCGGGAUACACGAAGAAGACGACUGUGGCUGCCUUGUAUCUGAUUGGAUAUUGUGCAGGAAAUAUCAUCGGCCCGCAGACAUUUCGUCCUAAGGAUGGACCCCGCUAUGUCCCCGCUGAAAUCACCAUUAUUGUUUGCUGGGGGGUGUGUCUGUUCCUGCUGGUCGGGGUGUGGCUGUGGUAUCGUCGGGAGAACAAGCGCAAGAUGCUGUUCAUUGCCCGACCUGAGUAUGUGAGACUGGAGAAUCAAGAGUGGCUUGAUUUGACAGACCGGGAGAACCCCGAGUUCAUGUAUUCCCUGUAA